CCACUCUGGGCUGGCGUCUGCUUGCGCUUCUGCUUCUGCUAACAGACGAAAAAACACAACACACCGCCAUUUUGUGAUUAUUUGCUGAAUUUCAGGCUCUUUUGAGUCGGCUUACCAGUGUCAGUUUAGUGCAGAUUUGCCCUUAGUACUCUGUAGAUAUUACUGCAUGUUAGAUGUCCGUUAGCAGUGGAGGUUUGGGGACUGUGUAUUCUCGUCUACCUCAGUCCACUAGUGACAUAGAGACAUCAGAAGACGAAAUAAGUCAACAUGAAAAUCUUAUUUUUUAUAGGAAGCUGGGCACUCCAAAAAAGGCAAUCGUGAAAACAGAAGAAGCUAGUAACACCACAAUGAAAGACUAUCAACCCCUAAACCAUGAGGGAGGUCCAGUGGAGAGUCAUGAGGUUCACAUCAAUGGAUUCAGCAAUAUAAACUACAAUUAUUCCCAUGGAACUGGCGCCACAGGAACAGGGAUUGAAGAGGAAACAAUGGUCAUGGGUGCAUUGGGCGGGUCAUCUGGUAAAAAAGAGGGUGAAGUAAGACACGGCAAUUUGCAAAUGUUGGUGGGAAACAAGCAUCCUAUGUCAUUGAUGCGUCAGGUUGCAUUUGUCAUGUCUCUAUGCCUUUGUAUAUUUGUAAUUGUUGCAUUUUUGUGGGUACUUCCCUGCAAUUGGUCAACUUGCCCAAUAAUGCAAUACGAUAAGCAAGGUGGGAGUUCUUGGGAAAAAACUUUACAUCGAUUAGAAUUGAUUGGGGGAAUUAGUGUUGUUCCAAGUAAUAAUGAACAGCACAAUAAUCUGUUGUUCAUGGUCCGGGGUGAAAUAAAUUUCCCAGACAAUGAUAAAGAACAGGAAACUACAGUCUUCACAAAUCCCAUUCGUUUUGCCAUCAAGAAGGAAGAACCCACUCCGGAGUGGGUCCCAAUUCCUGCAAGUGGAGGAGGCCUUGUUGCUUUGAAGGGCUCUACUGGAGAUGUAUUAUGGUAUAAGACUUUACAUUCAGUCCCUAGGGACAUGGACUGCUCCCUAAUUGAUUUGGAUGGAGAUGGAAAAACAGACUGCCUAUUGAUUGGAUCAAAUGAUUUAAUGUAUGCUUUCAAUCCUGUAACCUCCACUACCAUUUGGUUUCUCCAUGCUGAGAAAGAAACUGAUUAUGUUCCCUCUGACAUGGAGUUCCCUCUCAUACUUCCUGAUGUGGAUCAAGAUAAUAUAUUUGACCUCGCUAUUGCCUGUCGAAUGUUGAAACGCAUCACAAACUCAUCUUCAGACAAAACCCCAUCAAUUUCCACUAAAACAUCUCAUAAUCGCAUAGCUAUUGUCUCAGGAAAGACUGGAAAGUUGAUUGGUAGAGCAUUUGUUGAUGAUACCUGUCAAACAAUCUACAAAUUAACUGUUGAUGUGGAUAAAGAUUGGUUUAUAUCAUACACAUGUGUGGACUACAGAGGAAAAGAGUCAGCUAAACUGACUGAGCUCAAUUUACUCUACAAAAGUGUCACCAAUAAAUCUGCUCCAGUUGACUUCAGUAAGCACACAAAGGGUGGUGUACCCAUAAAGCAGCAUGUGUUUUCUCAAAAUUAUGGUCCUCCUGACCUCAUUGGCAAUAGAGAACCCCAAUCUUUUAACAACAAACCAACUACUUACUCAGUCCAUGGGAAGAAGUUAACAAUACAGAACCAAGGCCAGUGUCCUGAAGACUGCAAAGCUACAGCUCGAGUUUUUGAUGAAGGGAAGAGCCUUAAUAGUUCCAUUUGGAGUGAUGGAGGUGCUAAAAUGUACGCCUUACGUCCUGCAAUAUUGCUGUUUAAUUCUCAAACGAUGAGUUUCAAUGCCAAUAAAAAGCCUGAUACAGCCGACUCAGAACCUUUGUUGGGCACUGUGACUGGUUUUGCUGUGAAAUUUUGGCACUGGACAAGCUGUGAAAAAUCUCCAAUUUGGGACUCUCAACAAAAAAGAGUCAAGCGUAUGACUAAGGACAAGGAAUGGGGAAGUAUUUUGCAGCCGAAUGACCACUGGCAUGAUGGUAACCUCGACAAAAAGCCCCCAACAGAAUACAUUGAAUCCAGAGAAUCUCGUAUAGGUAGCUCUGGUAUAAAUACCACCACCAAAAGUCUAAGUAGGAAUACAAGCACUAUCACAAUAACCCAUCAUCCAAAAGAUACUUAUAGUGCGUACUGCCUAAAGGAGCGCAUAGUGCUCAUAACAUUCAAUGACACAGACAUGCAUCUGGUAAAUGCAAGUGAAAGUGAGAUCAAGCAAUUGUGUUCAAAUGUGGGAUGUCAGCCAAGCCUCUUCUACCAGGAGCAAUCAUUGAUCAUUGCUGAUCUUGAUGGAGAUGGUUCCAAGGAGCUGGUCUCAUACUUAACCACUUAUGAAACUGAUGAUGACGGCAAACCUCCGGGCUCUGGCCGCUUAAUACUUGUGUCCAAAGUAAGAGUAGUACGGUUGGAGGCUGAACUUCCAAAGUUAUAUGAAGCUGUCACUCACUUGUAGGAAAAUGAUUCAACCUCUGGGUUUUCUUUGUUUUUUAUCUAUUGUCAUUUUUAUUUAUUUAUUUAUUUUAUCUAUUUAUUUGCGUCUCUCUAACAAGAAUCAUUCCACUAAAAAAAAAAGUAGUGUAUUGUCAGCACUAUUUAUGUUAUACAAAUGUUCUGCCUCUUUGUUCUUGCCUUAGAAAAAGUAGUAGCAAAAUUGUAAGACUUAAUAUUUAACUGUGAUUGUUGAUGUGAAUUGAUUAUGUCUAAAAGCGGGAAAGAGGAAAUGAUAUGACUCGAGA